AUGAUUUCUGCAACUUUGGACCUUUCCUUGUGGAAAUUGCUUGCUGUCAUUGUUGUUUUUUACAAUGUGGCAACGUACGUCAGCUACCGUAUCCGUCUUUGGAAGCUGAAGGCCGCAGAAACGGUGUACCUUGACGAUGGACUUUUUGGGUUCAGAAGAACCAAGGAUAUCUUGAGAAGACAGAAGGCUGGAGAGAUUCCGCCGCUUUUCUAUGAGAUGUUCAACGAGGCGAAGAGGGACACCCUUACUUUCAGAACCACCGGCACCAUCAGAUACUGUACUCGUGAUCCAGAGAACAUCAAGGCGAUUUUGGCGACCCAGUUCAACGAUUUCUCUGUGGGCCAGCGCCUUACUCAAUUGGGCAUUUUCUUGGGAGAAGGAAUCUUCACUUUGGACGGAAACGGGUGGAAACACUCUAGAGCCAUGCUUAGACCCCAAUUUGCCAGGGAGCAGGUCUCCCAUGUGAAGAUGCUAGAGCCUCACGUUAAGCAGGUGAUCAGGAGGGUGAAAGGCGCCAAUGGCUCCAAAUUUGACAUCCAGCCAUUGUUCUUCAAGUUGACCGUGGACUCAGGAACGGAAUUCUUGUUUGGCGAGUCGUGCAAAUCGCUCCGAGACGACGAGGUGGAUAUUUCGACAUUGGGAGGGCCAAAAGAGGCCGGACAAUUUGCUCGAGCCUUUACCACGGCGCAGUCGUACCUUGUGAAGCGGGUGAAUUUUCAGAAACUCUACUUUUUGGUCAACAACCAGGAGUUCAGAGACUGCAACAAGACCGUGAGCCGUUUCUGUGAAUUCUACAUCAACAGGGCUUUGCAGUACGAAACGGAGGAGCUCGAAAAGCUCUCCAACGGAAAAUACGUGUUCUUGUUCGAAUUGGUCAAGCAAACAAGAAACCCCAGGGUCUUGCGGGACCAAUGCCUCAACAUUCUAGUUGCAGCAAGAGACACCACGGCCGGGCUCAUGUCGUUCUUGUUUUUCGAGCUUGCCAGAAAUCCCAGAAUUUUCCAAAAGCUCCGUGCAGAGAUCGUCGAAGCCUUUGGCGAAGGGGAAUCUGCUGAUCUCAGCAAAAUGACAUUUGAGUCGCUCAAGAGGCUCGAGUACCUCAAGUGGGUGCUCAACGAAACGCUCCGCUUGUACCCCUCUGUGCCCCAGAAUUCUAGAACCGCUGUGAGAGACACCACGUUGCCAAGAGGAGGAGGACCCGACGGGAAUGAGCCUGUGUUCAUGCCCAAGGGAGACGUGGUGCUUUAUUCGAUUUUUUCAACACAAAGAAACGAAGCUCUUUACGGCAAGGAUGUGCUUGAGUUUCGUCCCGAAAGAUGGGCCGAGCCUGAGCUCAAGAAGAUCGGCUGGGGUUUCCUUCCUUUCAAUGGAGGGCCCCGUAUAUGCUUGGGCCAGCAAUUUGCUCUUACCGAAGCCUCCUACGUCACCGCCCGCCUUCUACAAGAAUUCUCCAAUAUCGAGUCUUUUGAUCCACCGGGCGAUCCUAAAACAAGUGCUCAGUUGACUAUGGCGCUCCACCGCGGUGCCAACAUCGGCUUGUACUAA